CUUUUAGGAAUAACUUCAUUCCUACAAAUCAUCCUUCUACCACUGUGAAGCUUCCUCCAAGGCUCUGCUGAAGCUGCAUCGCAAAUAUGGGCUCUGAAGCACUAACACGCAAGUGUAUCGGCCUUGAUUGCGACAAUGAUGCUGGCACUUUACAAUGUCCUACGUGCCUUAAACUAAAUAUCAAAGACAGCUUCUUCUGUUCGCAAGACUGCUUUAAGAAGAGUUGGAGCACUCACAAAGUCCUCCACAAAUCCAAGGGUAACUUCCUCAGUAAUUUCAUAACCCCGAAAGUUGUCUCUGAACCCGAUCCAGACACAGGCACCUACGAUCCCUUUCCAACCUUCCCCUACACCGGCCCUCUACGACCAGUCUACCCUCUCUCCGAGCGUCGCAAAGUCCCUAAAAGCAUUCAACAUCCCGAUUACUGGAAAGAUGGAAUUCCACACAGCGAGCAAACGUUUCCUGGGCGGACAAAGAUUGAGAUUUUAGACAAGGCCGGGCAGGAGGGGAUGCGGAAGGUUUGUAGGCUGGCAAGAGAGGUACUGGAUAUCGCGGCCGCGGCAGCGGUACCUGGUGUGACCACGGACUAUAUCGAUGAGAUUGUGCAUAAUGCUUGUUUGGAGAGAAAUUCAUAUCCUUCACCACUGAACUACGGCCACUUCCCGAAAUCCGUCUGUACAUCCGUCAACGAAGUUAUCUGCCACGGCAUUCCCGACCAGCGCGUACUAGUGGAUGGAGAUAUUCUAAAUAUCGACGUUACAUUAUACCACGGUGGAUAUCACGGCGAUCUGAACGAGACAUACUACAUUGGUGAUAAGGCACGGUCAGAUCCAGACAAUGUUCGAGUGGUAGAAGCUUCGCGCGAGGCAUUGGACGAGGCAAUCAAGGCUGUUAAGCCUGGAGGGCUCUUCCGAGAGUAUGGAAACAUCAUCGAGAAACACUGCAAGUCGAAAAAGUGUAGUGUCAUCCGGACAUACUGUGGGCACGGCAUCAACAGCCUGUUCCACUGCUCGCCAAAUAUUCCACAUUAUGCAAAGAAUAAGGCUGUAGGUGCAGCAAAGGAGGGCAUGUGCUUUACUAUUGAACCUAUGGUUGCACUAGGCACAUAUAGAGACAAAACUUGGCCAGAUGACUGGACUAGUGUGACACAGGAUGGAAAGAGGACGGCUCAGUUUGAGCAUACGUUGUUAGUGACAGCUGAUGGAGUAGAGGUCUUAACAGCAAGACUGCCAAAUUCUCCUGGAGGACCGAUUUCUAUGCCAGUAUUAGAAGUGGCAACGGAUGGGGACAAGGUUAAGCCUGCAGAAUGAUACCUUGUUGAGCUAGGUUACGAGCAGGUAGAGCAGGAUGAAGUAUUGUAUAAUAUGAGAUUAUCUGCAUGACCUAAAAUCUAUGCACGUAUCUAAGCUGAUCUUCAUCGUCUCCUUCCCAGCGGAUCUGGCUAUGCAUCGGUGCUGAGCCCGGUUCUCUGCAGUCGUUGUUGUCUUGCUUCUUCGCCAAGUGGUGAGGUGAGUAAGUAUUGUUCGUCGUGCGGAAUUCUGAGAAUAGGAGUAUGGGUUUGGAUUCGGCUUUGGAGUCGUUAUGGAUCUCAUAACACGAGUUGCCUACCAUAGUGGAAAUGAACCAACUCGUUCAACCUGCCAUAUUCGAUCUUCACAUUAGCAAGGCGAAGGGGACAUGGAAUUCAUUGGCGGGCGAGGCACCAUCCAGAUAUUUCUGUGUGGGUUGCGUGUAUAUUCGACACGCCUCAGGCAAAGGGGCCAGCGCGGAAAUAGAUCUCGAUAGGUAUUUGGAUUCUUGGGAGCAGCUUCAGCGAUGACCUUCGUUUCUUUGCCCAUCUCCUGCUUGGAACGCUAAGCAAGGGAUAUAAGUUCAGCGUGUUUGUGUGAAGGCAGAUUUCUUUGACAUAGGGAAAGGUAAAAUGAAUAAGAU